GUAAUAAAAGAACGGAAGCUACUGAGACAAAUUUUCUUCCAGAGUGUUUUCCAAAACUUUUUGAUUUGUUGUUCAUGGGUGGUGGACGAGGCAGGAGUUUCACAAUUCGCGUAAAGUAUUCCAACCUGAAAUUUGUUUGAUACGUCUUUCGUGGGUGAUCAGCAUGGCUUCCACGUCUUACACUCUGUUGUUCAUCUGUAUCUUCUCAUUCGUAAUUAAUGUGUUCGGACAAGUGUGUUCUCCAAUUGGACAAAUAUGCACGCAUACAACCGACUGUUGCAAAGGAUGUUGCGAGGCCCAUAGUUGUGUUGAUCGGGCAUUUUCAUGUAGUGGGGACAUGAUCGCUCAGCCGGGAUACGAAACCUGUGCACGAUUCUACUGCCCACGUGAACACAUUUGCUACCUUCGCGAAGUGUGUCCGCCAGAAAAUGCAUGUCCCAGAGCCCCCGCUUGCAGACGAGUAGAUUUUUCGAAUAAUCGCACCGAUUACCGUUACUAUCGGAAUUCCUCCUCUCCCUCAACUCCUCGACUGGUGCUAAUGGACUCCUCAUCAUCAUUAGCCCUCAUCUUCAGCAUUUUACUUUCAUCACUCGCCAAUUUACGAUAGGAUAAGCUUUCCAAAGUCAUUGACUCUGCGUUUUACAGGGGCGAUCUACCCACCGCUUUCUUGCAGAAAAUGUGAAUAAUAUGUAGUAAGUAGAAUAAGUAGUGGAAUCUGUAGUAGUUUUCAUAGUUUUAUACGCGUACAACGCUGUGGUUGGUAAAUAAGUAAGUAGUGUGGAUGGAGUAGUAGUAGUAGUUCAAUUUCUUUGUGAUAUUUUGAUCUCUUGAUUCUUAGAAAAGAUGGACAAGAAGGAAAUGUUUGGUUAUUAUUGUGCGAUUGUAAUGAAAUGAUUUCCCAAACGCAACACCAUUUUCUUGUACAAUGUCACUUGAACCUGUCUUGAAUUGUUUCCCUAUAUUCCGUUGCAAUUGUAAUGCAAAACUGGCAGUCAUGAUGUUGCGAGUGUAAAAUAAAAACUGUAGGAGAACGGCUAAAAGU